AUGUCAUCGAACGAGUCAGAGUGGACUAUUACCCGCGUUUUAGACGUGAAAACGACUAUCAACGCUAAUCAGAAAGUCACCAAAAAGUUUUUGGUCAAGUGGCAGUGAGUUUUUGAAUCAGAAAAAAUUCCCUGGUUUUCCAUUUCUACAAGAAGAAAGCUUUCCUGUUAUUUCUAAAAGAUCAACAGAUUUUUCCAGGCCUUCCUGGGUGUCACAAGAAAACAUCUCUGACGGCUCGGUAUUAUUCCAUUCAAUCUCAUUUCAAUAAUUGUGUUUUUACAGCUCUGGUUCAAGUGCACCAUUGUGGGAAUGGCUGACAACGAUAAAAACGCAAAAGUUGUCCGCAGACUCCCAGCGGCCAACUUUUCCGAUUUCGACUACGUCGUCAAGUUCGAUUACUACAAGUUCGUCUUGGAUUUUUGCUGUAUAACUUUCCUGUAAAUUUAAAUUUCAGUUCUUCUUCUAGCAGUGCGAAUCCGACAGUGGAGAGCUCAGCGAUGAAAAUCAUGGAUUACGAAUCUUUGGUCGCCGAAUAUGCGAAAGAGUUUCUCGACUAUUUGAAAGACACUGCUGACUCGGUAAUCCUUUUUUCUUCUGCUCAUUUUUCCUCAAAAACGACGUGGAAUAUUUUUUUGCGGUUUGAGAGCGGCAAAUUUGUUACUAUCAGUUGGGAGCUGCAAAUUUAGGAAUGUAACUUUGAAGGCUGGAAAUUUGUUACUAUCAGUUGGGAGCUGCAAAUUUAGGAAUGUAAUUUUGAAGGCUGCAAUUUUGUUACUAUCAGUUGGGAGCUGAAAAUUUAGAAAUGUAACUUUGAAGGCUGCAAAUUUGGGACUGCCACUUGGGAGGGGCAGCUUUAAAAAAUAGCGUUUGUAGUUUUUUUUUUUUAUAGUUAGGUGCGCUCUAUCGCUCAUGCGGUGUUCUACUGAGAAAAGUUUAGGGGGCCCCUAUAGGGGUUCGGCCAUUUCGGGGCCCCGAUAGGUGUUGAGAUAGGGGCCCCACCGGGGGCCUUCCCAAGGGACCACAUUUGUCCCCCUAUAGGGGCCCACUAAACUUUUCUCAGAAAGUAAUUACUGCAAAAUGCAAAAUUAUUUCUGACUCUCCAAUGUUUAGUUAUCUCUUUCUUUCUACCGCAUCAAAAAACUGAAACCUUAAUAAUUUAAGUUGAAAAGCCCUUGAUCAAACAAAAAUCGUUUUUGUUUCAGCGCGUAGUGGUCGUCGAAUACAGCAACGACGAAAAGAUGCCAUCGACUUCUGGAGAAUCGCAAGCUUCUCAUCAGAUGGAGGAAAACACCCCUAGAAGAUCGUCCCGCCGACUUUAA